AUGCUGCAGCCCCUUCCCUGCUCGGCUGAUCCCAACGGGCAGAGCAGUUUGGGCCAGAGGGGGUUUUUAUCCCUCUCAACCCGGCGCUGGGACAACAGGAAGCGUUUUGAGGAGCAUCCACGGGAACUCCAGCAGAGCCAGCAGGGAGGAAGGUACAUCACUGAGGAGCAGCCUCCCCCCUGCCCUCCGAGAUGCGUCGCCCCAGCGGUUGCCCCACGGCCCAGCUCUGCAUCCCCCCCCCCCGCCGUCCUGGUGAGGAGCUUCCCCGUGAAAACCCCCCCGGAUCCCCGUGGCACCGCCUGCAGCUUCCAGCAGAGCUUCUGUUUGCCUCCCCGUGGGAAUCCCUGCAGGAACCCCCCCUGCUGCUGCUACACCAGAGUGCCCCAGGGCAGCACCACCUUCGUGAAGCUGGGCGGGCUGGGGCUGGCACAGCCUGCGGGGUGUGGGGGUCCCUGCGGCCUCGCCGUGUCCUCGGGGGUCCCUCCCUUCUGCCAGGGGGUGACCAGCUGCAGCACCACCUGUAGGGAUCCCUGCUGCUCCCAAGGGACCACGUGCCAGGAGUCCUGCUGCCAGGAGGUGACCAAAUGCACCACCACGUGUGUGGAUCCCUGCUGUCAGGAAGUAACCAAGUGCACCACCACGUGCCAGGAUCCCUGCUGCCAGGAGGUGACCAAAUGCACCACCACGUGUGUGGAUCCCUGCUGCCAGGAGGUGACCAAAUGCACCACCACGUGCCAAGAUCCCUGUUGCAAGGAGGUGACCAAGUGCACCACUACCUGUGUGGAUCCCUGUUGCAAGGAAGUGACCAAGUGUGUCACCACGUGCCAAGAUCCCUGCUGUGUGACCAGAUGUACCACCACAUGCCAAGAUUCAUGUUGUAAGGAAGUAACCAAGUGCACCACCACAUGUCAAGAUCCCUGUUGCAAGGAGGUGACCAAGUGCACCACAACCUGUGUGGAUCCCUGUUGUCAAGAAGUGACCAAGUGCAUUACCUCGUGCCAGGAUCCCUGUUGCAAGGAGGUGACCAAAUGCACCACAACCUGUGUGGAUCCCUGUUGUCAAGAAGUGACCAAAUGCACCACAACCUGUGUGGAUCCCUGUUGCAAGGAAGUAACCAAGUGCACCACCACAUGCCAAGAUCCCUGCUGCCAGGAGGUGACCAAGUGCAUCACCAGAUGCCAAGAUCCCUGCUGUGUGACCAGAUGCACCACCAGGUGUGUAGAUCCCUGCUGCCAGGAGGUGACCAAGUGCACUACUAAGUGUGUGGAUCCCUGUUGCAGGGAGGUGACCAAAUGCACCACCACGUGUGUGGAUCCAUGUUGUAGGGAGGUGACCAAGUGCAUCACCACAUGCCAAGAUCCGUGUUGCCAGGAGGUGACCAAGUGCACUACUAAGUGUGUGGAUCCGUGUUGUCAGGAGGUGACCAAGUGUGUCACCACAUGUGUGGAUCCAUGUUGCAGGGAGGUGACCAAGUGCAUCACCACAUGCCAAGAUCCGUGUUGUCAGGAGGUGACCAAGUGCAUCACAACCUGUGUGGAUCCCUGCUGCCAGGAGGUGACCAAGUGCACCACCAGGUGUGUGGAUCCCUGUUGUCAAGAAGUGACCAAGUGCACCACCAGAUGCCAAGAUCCCUGCUGUGUGACCAGAUGCACCACCCGGUGUGUGGAUCCCUGCUGUCAGGGGGUGACCAAGUGCAUCACCACCUGUGUGGAUCCCUGCUGCCAGGAGGUGACCAAGUGUGUCACCACGUGCCAGGAUCCCUGCUGUGUGACCAGAUGUGCCACCCGGUGUGUGGAUCCCUGCUGCCAGGAGGUGACCAGAUGCACCACCAGAUGCCCAGAUCCCUGCUGUGUGACCAGAUGCCCCACCAGGUGUGCGGAUCCCUGCUACUGCAAGAAAGUGUCCAAGUGCUCUUCCAAGUACGUGGAUCCCUGCUGCAAGAAAACAACCAAGUGCUCCCCGAAGUGUGGAGAUCCCUGCUGCAAGAAAGGGGCCAAGUGCAGCAGCAGGUGUGUGGAUCCUUGUUGCAAAAAAGUCACCAAGCGCAGCACGAGGUGUGUGGAUCCCUGCUGUGAGAGGGUGACCAAGUGCAUCACCACGUGCCAGGAUCCCUGCUGUGUGACCAGAUGUGCCACCAGGUGUGUGGAUCCCUGCUGUCGACCUGUGACCAAAUGCACCACUCAGUGUGUGGAUCCCUGCUGCCAGGAGGUGACCAAAUCCAUCACCAGGUGUGUGGAUCCCUGCUGUGGGGGCGUCCAGGCCAUCACCAAGUGCGUGGAGUCCUGUGCCACACCCUGUGUCACCCAGGUGUCCUGUGCCACCCCCUGUGUCACCCAGGCCUGCCCCGCCUGUGGCCAGCGCUGCCCCCUCCGCUCCCGCAAAUUCCGGGGGCUCUGA